AUGCCGAACAACUUCACUUCACCCAAUGGCUAUGUCGGCUUCGGCGCGCUCUCCAACUGCACUCUCUCCCUUUGCGACAUCAAGUACAGCGUCUUCGAGUACAGACCUAGUCUAGCAGCCAACUCUCUCUUCACAGCUCUCUUCAUCAUUUCGGGGCUUUUCCAUCUGUCCCAAGGAUUCCACGCUUGGAAGAGCAGAAGAUAUUCCACGCAGUGGUUCUACUGCUGGGCCAUGAUACUGGGAUGUGUUACAGAGAUCAUUGGAUAUAUUGGAAGGAUUCUACUGCACAGCAAUCCCUUCAAUUUCGAUUACUUCUUGAUACAAAUUGUGUGCCUUACGAUUGCUCCUGCAUUUUUCACCGCUGCCAUAUAUAUUACAAUCGGUCAAUGCAUCACUGCGCUCGGCUACCCUCGCACCAACCCAAAACACUACGCAUACAUCUUCAUUCCCAGCGACAUCAUAGCCCUCUCUCUCCAAGGCGCAGGGGGAGGCCUUUCAUCUGGCAAUGCCCACCAGAUUGGUGUGGACGUCUCCCUCGCAGGUCUCGCCUUCCAGGUCUUCUCCCUCACAAUCUUUAGUCUUUUAGCACUCGACUGGAUCCGCCAUUGGCGCUCCUCCAAUGACAACAUGGCACUGCCUAGCAAAUUCAAGGUCUUCGCGUGGCUCUUAGUCACUGCUGUCCUGUUGAUCCUGGCGAGAUGCAUCUAUAGGAUUGAUGAGUUGAGUCAGGGGUAUGAUGGGAGUUUGUUUCAUGAUCAAGCGAGUUUUAUCGUGCUAGAGGGAGUAUUCAUGUCCAUCACGGCUUUUGUCCUAAAUCUGUCGAAUCCUGCCUACCAGUUCAACGAGGUGAAGGAGCUAUUAGGUGAGAAAGUUGAACAGGGCCAACUCAGUGUUGGUCAGGAGAAGCCACUUGAUGUGGCGUCCGCUUGA